AUGGUUUGCGCAAAGUGUCAAAAGAAAUCCUCGGGCACCACUUCUUUGGCAACCCCGGAGGUUAAGAAGAAGAAUGAUAUGUAUUUUGGUUCGCCCGCUGGAUCAUCGUCAUCCAAGGCUGGUACGAAAACCUCCGCCACUUUAGGGAAUAAUGGCAUAGGCAAGAGCAAAUUAUUGUCGAAAGCUGCGAGAAAUCCUUAUGCUACAUACUCGACAACCUGCACUGCAUGCGCAAUGUGUGGAAAGUCUAACUCAAAAACGUCAUCCACCGCUCCCGUCGUCGCCGGACAAAAGUUCAAUCUAAAAUGA